AAUAAGAGGUAGGCUGGUUUAGUUACCAGUGUUGGACGUAGUUUCUUAUACCUUAAGUUAUGCUGUCUGCUUUAAUAAUAAGUUCUGAACUUAUUAAGUUUAGGAUUAAGAUAUGGAUGCAUCAGAGUAUUCAAGUAGCAAAGACCAGUUAAUUCCAGGAGGCUUUAAUCCUCUUCUUCGUGAUGUAUCAAAAUAUAUAGAGAAGUCUUUGGAAUGUGUCAUCCAUAGUGGUCAAGGUCAAACCAACAAAAAUCAAGAUGAUUUAUCAAUGAAGAAGCAGACGAAUGCAGAGGCUAAUGACUUGGACAAACUUUUCACAAUUUUAUCCUUGCCACCUAGGUUUACCACUGUUCGAGUUAAUCUACUUAAAACGACCUUGAGCAAAGCUUUAGUGCUUAUUGAAGAGCAGCUCAGGUCUCAGCAUGUUGGUAAAAAUAUCUCACUUCCUGUAGUAUAUCCACAUCAUGUUCUGCCAGAUUUAUUAGUAAUAGAAUCUUUUGGUAUUCAGGAUGUGCGGCCAGCAGCAAAGAAGGUGAUAGUAGGGAGAAUGUGUGGCUCGGCUGUACUGCGUGGGGCAGAGGUGUUUGCUCCUGGUGUUUUAGGAGCAUCAGCAGACCUUCACACUGGUGACUCUGUAGCUAUAUUUGCUGACCUCGAUGACACAUGUUUAAGAGGGUGCAAAAUGUUUAGUGGUAGGAAGAUGUUUUUAGGAAAUGGGAUAGCAGUUCAGAGUAGAAAGGAUCUCUUCAAGACGUCAAAACCUAUUGGUUUGGCAGUCUCAGUGAAAGAUAAGAUAUUUGAUGCUCCUAGUUUGGGAAACUGUCACUCAGAUUUAUUGUUCCUUCAAAACUUGCCAUCGGUGUUAUGUAGCCAUAUUCUUAAUCCUACUAAAUAUGCUCAAGUGCUAGACAUGUGUGCAGCCCCAGGAGGAAAAUCGACUCACAUUGCAACUCUUAUGUACAAUACUGGGCAGGUAAUUGCCAUUGACAGGUCACAAAAUAAAAUUGACCAGAUUAGAUCAAAUGCACAAAAGUUAGGCCUUACAAAUGUAAAAGUGUAUAAGUAUGAUAGCACAAAUUUAAUUUCUACAGUAGAUCUAACUGGUGAAACCUCAAGGGAAGAAAAAAAGGAGAUUAGUUUAACUUAUAAGUCUUCAGAAUUGGAUACAUGCAAAAUUUUGAGUGAAUUAAGUAAUAAAGAUCAGGAAUAUGUUUCUUGUUCACCACCAUACAAGCCUUCCUCGUUCAGAUGGAUUUUACUUGAUGCCCCUUGUAGUGCACUUGGUCAGCGUCCCCAGAUUCAAACCAAAACUAAUAUAAAAGAAUUGGAAUCUUUUCCAGUCAUUCAACGUAAACUGUUGCAGAAUGCCGUAAAGUUACUUAAACCAGGAGGGAAGCUUGUGUAUAGUACAUGUACUAUUGUUUUGGAGGAAAAUGAGAAAAUGGUGAAAUGGCUUCUGGAUAAAUAUACAAAUAUAGAACUAAUAGAUACAACUCCUAAGCUUGGUAAACCAGGACUGUUACAUUCUGGGCUAAACAAGGAGGAGUGUGAUAAGGUGCAGAGGUUUGGCCCUUUUCCUUCUACUAAUGUGGGUCUUUUAAAUAUUGACGAUGAUACAAUUGGUUUCUUUGUUGCUGCAUUUAGAAAGGUAUUGUGAUAAUCACUUGGAACUUUGUUCGUAAUUGAUAAAUGGUGCACUUUGUGUAGUAUAAUUAUGUAAUUGUAGUUACAGUAGGCCCUUCAUUAACUACUGAAUCAUUCAGCUCAUUUGAUUUUCCUAUGACUACUGCAUUCCUAAAGAAAUACUUUGUUUUUUUUCUACAUCAAUAGGUCAAAGACCAGGCUUCAGUGGAAUCCUCAUCACAGCUCCUAUGGAUUUUCUCAUUGAUACAUCACGUUAGUGUGAUUACUGUCUGUGCUAUCCACCCUCUGUAUGAUAUUAUGGUUUCGAUUAUAUUUACUAGCUGGCCCUGUGUUAACUGAUUUUCCAUAUGUAUUGUCCAUAUUUUCCAUAUUGAACUGUAUGUAUUUUAUUUAUACUUCACAUAUUUAUAUUCAUUUGUGAUGGAGAGUAAAGCUUUUUGUACUAAA